UUCUCCUCCCAUAAAUCCCCUCUUCACUUUUCUGAUGAGAGGGGAGCGGUCCGACAUGUCCGAGGACGAGGACGGGGGACGAGGCGGAGCGGGCGGCGGAGACGGCGCCGGGGACGGUGGUACGGACACUCCUGUGCCCUUCUCCGACCAGGUGCUGGAGAACGUUCUCGAGAACGUUCUCCAGUUCCUGAGCUCGCCUCAGGACCGGAACGCGGCGUCCCUGGUGUGCCUUCCUUGGUACCGGGCGGAGGCCCAGACCCGGCGCGAGCUCUUCAUCGGCAACUGCUACGCCGUUUCCCCUCGCCGGGCCACGGAGCGGUUCCGCCGCAUCCGGGCGGUGGUCCUCAAGGGGAAGCCCCGCUUCGCGGACUUCAACCUGGUCCCCAACAACUGGGGCGCCCACUUCCAGCCAUGGGUCUCCGCCAUGGCCGCCGCCUACCCCUGGCUCGAGAAGCUCUGCCUCAAGAGGAUGUCCGUCGCUGAUAGCGACCUCUCCCUCCUUGCCCACUCCUUCCCUAAUUUCAAGGAACUCUCCCUUAUUUGCUGCGAAGGUUUCAGCACCGCCGGCCUCGCCGUCAUUGCCGAGAAGUGCAGGCAUCUCCGAGUGCUCGAUCUGAUAGAGGACUACUUGGAGGGCGAGGAGGAUGAGACGGUGGACUGGGUUUCGAGGUUCCCGGAGACGACGACCAGCUUGGAGUCGCUUGGGUUCGAUUGUGUUGGCAGUGCUGUCAAUUUCGAGGCCCUGGAGGCGCUCGUCGCCCGCUCCCCCGCCCUCCGGCGGCUGCGGGUGAACCACCACGUUUCGGUGGAGCAGCUCUGCCGCCUCAUGGCGCGGGCUCCCCAGCUCACCCACCUUGGCACUGGGUCCUUCGGAUCCGCCGCCGCCCCACUCCUGCAAGGAGGAGGGUGCAGCGUGGUGGAUCUGGCAAGGACCUUUGCCGCCUUCAAGUCACUUGUUUGCCUCUCAGGCUUUCGUGAUGUGGCGCCGCACUGCCUCCCGGCCAUCUACCCCGUCUGUGCCAACCUCACCUCCCUCAACUUCAGCUUUGCGAAUAUCACCGCCGAGGAGCUCAAGCCAGUGAUCCGCCACUGCCACAAUCUUCAGAAUUUCUGGGUGCUUGAUGCGGUGCGAGACGAAGGGCUUCAGGCGGUGGCAGCGACGUGCAAGGACCUCCGGGAGCUGCGGGUGUUUCCUUUGGAUCCAACGGAGGACUCCGAGGGGUUUGUCUCGAACGUCGGCCUUGUUGCAAUCUCUCAAGGCUGUCGGAAGCUCCGUUCCAUUCUUUACUUCUGCCAGCAGAUGACCAACGCGGCCGUCGUUACCAUGUCCAAGAAUUGCCAGGACCUCGUGGUGUUCCGCCUCUGCAUCAUGGGACGCCGCCGCCCCGAUCACCGUACCGGAGAGCCAAUGGAUGAAGGAUUUGGGGCUAUAGUAAAGAACUGCAAGAAGCUUCGGAGGCUCGCUAUCUCUGGAUUGCUCACUGACAAGGCAUUUGCUUACAUUGGGAAGUAUGGCAAGUUGGUGAGGACUCUUUCUGUUGCCUUUGCGGGGGACACCGACUUGGGACUGAGGUAUGUUUUGGAAGGGUGCACCCAAUUGCAGAAGCUCGAGAUCAGGGACAGCCCGUUCGGGGAUUCAGCCCUGCUCUCAGGGCUUCACCGUUACUACAACAUGAGGUUCGUGUGGAUGUCUUCAUGCAAGCUGUCGCUGAGGGGCUGCAAGGAGGUGGCGCAGAGGCUGCCUCGCUUGGUGGUAGAAGUCAUCAGGGACAGAGAUGAAGAUGAUGACGAUGAGGGGGUCCAGAAGUUAUACAUGUACCGAUCUCUAGCAGGGUCAAGGAAUGAUGCACCAUCUUUUGUGGAGAUCUUGUAGAAGUGCUCCUUUCCAUAUGACCGUCGAGAGGAAGAAAAUUUUUGCCAUUUCUUUGUGGGACAGCCGAAGAGCUUAUUUUUGAAUCGGGCAGGGUGGUCUUCAUAUCCCCUCAGAGAGUUCAUAGGCUCCACACAACGUAGACAUGAUAGCUCCUGCGUUUAUUUUCUUGUUCCAGUCCCCUCAGAGAGUUCAUAAGCAACUGUGUCAUUGUUUCAGUGCAUCUAUUUGUUCCAGUUGAACAUCCAGAUAUUCGAUGAAGUGGAAGAAGAAAGAGAACUUGAUGUCAUGUUGUAUCAGUAGGUCAUUAUUGAUACUUAUCUACCUUAAUUAGAGUUUCAUGGAGCAAGGCUGCUCCCCGAUAUGCUGAGCCAGUCCAAGUGGGGUUUAGAUGGUAGGUGGUGCAUGGAAGUCUCAAACAAUAACUUCAUUGUGGCUUCUCCAAUACAGGUGCAUCAUCACUUGGCAUCAAGGAGCGGUGUUCGAAUCUUGAGGUGAAAUUUGAAUCUUGAAAAUUUUCUUUGUUGAUUGUAGGAUUUGUGGUAGAUUCAUCUCUGUAUGCUUCAUUAGUUCAUUUCGUCUGGUUCUUUGACUGUGUGGCCACAUGGAGACAGUUUCUGUAGGAGUAAAGUGUUUGUCCUUCUCACGUUUCUUCUUCAUGUAUCACUGUUUCAUUGCUCCAAUGAAUGCACUGGCCACAAAGUAUUGAACUCA